GACUCUUCUCCGUAGCAACUAGCUAGCUAGCCUCCCUCACCAUGGCUACUUGUAAGCUCUUAGCUGUUGGUCUCACUGUCCUGCUAUGCUUUGUAUUAACCAAUGCUAUUAGGGUGGUAAACCACGCCGCCACAGCUGAUGGGCAAGGCAGCGGCGGUGGUGGAGGUGGGGGAACGGAAACUGCCUAUGGCUCUGGUUACGGCUCUGGCUCUGGCACUAGCUCUUCCUUCAGCGGUUCCUAUGACAGCGAUACAUCUGCUGCUGCUAGUGCAAGUGGUGAUGGCUCUGGCAGUGGCAGCUGGGAAGGUUAUGACCAAUCCGCGAAAGGGUAUGGAGCAGGAGGUGCGUCUGGCUCAGGCCAUGGCGAUUCGGGUGGGUUUUACGGUGAUGGGGCUUCCAAUGCAAAUGGAAGUGGUGGUGGCAGUGGCUCUGGAGGAAGUUUCGGCAAUGGUGAAGGGAGUGGUGCAGGCUCAGGAAGUGGGCAAGGUUCAGGCUAUUACGGCGGACCAGAUGGUUCAAGCAACGCAAACAGCGGUGGCGGUGGAGGUGGGAGCGGUGGUGGCCACGGUGGUGGGUUUGGCCGUGGUUCCGGUGGUGGAUCAGGUACCAGUAAUAGCUCUCACUGGGACAACGGUUAUUAUGACACUCCACAGCCUUAAAAUGCCGUUUAUUUGGAAAAAUGCGCCAGCCCUUGAACGAGACACACACAAAUAUAUAUUCGUUCCAUAUCGUUUGAGAUAAUAUAUAUUUUCUUCGAAUAAAUCGGGUGCCUUUUGGUUAGUUAUACAACUUAGUUAUGGGUUGUACUACUAAUUAACAAUAUGGCCACGUUAUGUAUGAUGAUGCAUGCUUUGUGGCUGUUGUCUCACAGCGUGCAUGUCUUUUGCUUGUAAUUUGUUAAUCGCACAAUAUGAAAUGCUUUGCUUUGAUCAAGAAGUAAUGGAUUUGGUUCCU